GUUAGUCAACUGUUGUUAGUCCAGCAUUUGCACAAGGCGUUUUUUUAGUGAGUGUUUUGAUUUCCUGGUGUUCGAAGUCCUUGUUUUGGCUGCUGUUCUUUCGGUAAUCUGUUUUCUGAUGGCUAGCAGAAAAGCUAAAGGACCGAUUGAUUGGGAAGAAUAUAACGACAACGAUGAAAGCGAUGAAAGUGAAAGCGAAUCCGAUGACGAGGAAGAUGAUUUUGAAGAGCCUGACGAAGAAGACAUCGCGUUGAUGUUGAAGAAUUACUCGUUGAAGAACGGACUGGUGGAGGAUUUGCAGACAGUGGCAGUUCCCAGUACCAGUCAUGGGUCUCACGGCUCGCACUCGUCCGCGGGACCAUCGCAUGGGCGUGCGCAUGCCAGUGGUGCAUUAAACCUGCAACCCGCUAAGCAUUUACGAGGGAAAGCACUCCAAGAGUUCCUGCGCACCCAGUCGAGACUGAAGAAGACCUUACAGAAAACGCCAGAAGAACGCGAGAAACGCAAAGACCGGAAAGAACGGAAACGCCAGGAAAAAGCUGUUAAGAAAGAUCCAAAGGAUUAUCCAUCGGUAUAUGUGAAGCCGAGUGAGCAGAGUGCAUUGGAGCGCCUUAUAGCUGACUACAGAAACUCCCGAAAUCGCGCUGGCAACGGCCACGAAACAUCCGUCCCUGCUGCGAUGCCUACUGCCAGUGAAAACAGUGUCACUGAAAAUACGGCGGGUGUGACGGAGGCCGACGGAAGCGAGAUGUUAGACAGGGGUGAUCAUGAAACGGAGGAAUGGCAAGAAAUAGUGGAAACGGAUACCGCUUCUGCGCCGGCGUUGAACUUGGAUCCCGGCGUGCAGAUUCGCCUGGAUAGUCUGAGUCUGCAGUUCGUCGACGAAUUCUCCCAAAAACGACAAAAACCGCUGUACAAAGAAAUGCUGGCGUUCAGGCAGAAGUUACCAGCGUGGGCCGCUAGAAAGGAUCUGUUGGAAAUGGUUAACAGUAGCCAGGUUUGCGUGGUGAGUGGUGAGACCGGUUGCGGAAAAACAACUCAGUUGCCUCAGUUCAUUCUGGAUGACUGGAUAGAACGAGGCGAAGGAGCGCGGUGCAGUAUUAUUGUUACCCAGCCGCGUCGAAUUAGCGCUAUAUCGGUGUCUGAAAGAAUUGCCAGAGAGCGUGCUGAGGAAUUGGGCAUUUCCGUGGGAUACCAAAUUCGAUUAGAAAAGAAACUGCCCAGGUCGCAUUGCUCUAUCUUGAUGUGCACAACGGGAGUGUUGUUGCAGUGGCUGAAUUCUAACCGAUGUUUGGAAGGGGUUUCCCAUGUUAUCGUGGACGAAAUCCACGAGCAGGACAUUCUCUCUGACUUUCUUUUGAUUAUUCUGAAGGACUUGCUUAACGUCCGUCCCGAUUUACGAGUGAUCUUGAUGUCCGCCACUAUCAAUGCUGAGAAAUUUAGCUGGUAUUUUGGUGGUUGCCCUUUGAUGACUAUACCGGGUUUCACAUUUCCGGUGCGAGAAAUGUUUUUGGAAGACAUUUUGUCCGUAACUCACUAUAAGCCACGACCGCCAAAAACGCCGUCAAAGAAAUCUUUUCGUGACAAAGAAGCGGGAUUUGAAUGGGAAAAAUACUGUACGAAAUUAAGCCUGCUUGACGAAGCAAUAUUGAUUUUUCUGCCGGGAUGGGAUGAUAUUAAGAAACUCAACAAUUUGCUGAGCUCGGGAUUUCGAAGAGAUGAUAUAAAUCUCAUCCCGCUGCAUUCGAUGAUGCCGACGAUUAAUCAGCGACAAGUAUUUGAGCGUUCUCCUAAUAAGCGGAAGAUCGUUAUUGCAACAUCGAUUGCCGAGACAAGUAUAACCAUCGACGAUAUCGUGCACGUGAUCGAUUCGGGAAAGAUCAAAAUGAAAGACUUCGAUGUCAAGCGUAACUUAAGUACCCUCACAGCGCAGUGGGUAUCCGUGUCCAACGCCCGGCAGCGCAGAGGAAGAGCUGGCCGGGUAAAGAGCGGAGUGUGCUAUUAUCUGUACACAUCCUUCCAGUUCAGUAAGCUGCAAAUGUAUCCGCUUCCGGAAAUGCAACGUACGCGCUUGGAUGAGCUUUGUCUGCAAGUGAAACUGCUGAAACUUGGCUUGGUUGCUCCGUUCGUGGAAAAGGCUAUGGAACCACCCAGUCCAGAAGCGGUGGAUCAGGCCAUUGGGUUACUCAAUAUGAUUGGUGCGUUAGAUGAUAAAGAAGAGUUAACUCCGCUUGGUCACCUGCUGGCGCGCACUCCCGUCCCUCCACAGCUAGGAAAAAUGCUGUAUUUGGGUUGCAUUUUCAAAUGUAUCCAGCCUAUCCUCAACAUCGUGGCGAUGCUGAGCUACCGUGAUCCGUUCUGCACGCCGCUGGGGAAGGAAAACGAGGCCCGAGCUCAGCGUCUUAAUUUUGCUGUACGAUCGAAGAGCGACCAUAUUCUGUGCCAUGAUGCUAUAGAGGAUUACAUGAAGGCAACGGAUAGGCUUCAGUUUUGUUGGGAUCAUUACAUGUCGAACAACACGUGCAUCCAAAUUUCCAAAAUGAAGAAACAGUUUGUCCAAAUCCUUCAUAGCACCGGCUUUCUCAAGACGUUUGAUUAUAUGCAUGGUGAUGCAAAUAAAAACAAAGAUGACGUUGACCUCAUCAAAGCGGUCAUUUGCGGAGGUCUUUAUCCCAGUUUGGGAGUAAUGGGACGAUCCAAAGGAAAAUUAGGAGCAAACGUACAAAGUGAAAACGAGAAGUUGGCGGUGCACCCGAAAAGUUACUUUGGACGAGGGUGUACCGAAAGAGGCAUUGUGGCAUUUUUUACUGUCGUGAAAACCAGCCAAGUCUUCGUUCACGACAUCACACUGAUGAACAAUAACCUGCCAGUUGUAUUGUUCUGCAAAAGUCUUCGCAAGUUUGAAAGGGAUCACGUGCAGUGCGUUGCGGUUGACAAAUGGCUCAAUCUGAAAUGUCCGGAUAAAUCCUAUGAAAUCAUUAAAGAGUUGCGGAAUGUUUUGGAAGAAAUGCUCAGUGGUAUUUACAUUCACGGCCUGGCCAAGAGCGAUACGGACGAUCCCGAAGCGGAAGCACUGUUUGAAAGAAUUGUGAAAGCUAUGCAGUUUAAAUACACAUCGCCGAGCUGAAAUUCCUUGUAAUUGUACUAUUAAAUUUGGGAUCACAAUCGGAUAGUCGAAUGAAUUGUGAUGGUCAUUUUUUGUGAAUCUGAAUGCUCCUGGUUGAUUAAUUUUAUUUUUUUUACAGUAUGUCAUUUUGUGGAAUAAUUUUCAUUUGGCAUUUGGGAUUCUUAUGUGAUUUUCUUUUGAAAUUUUGCAGUGUAAUUUGUACAAAUACUGACGGUGCUUGAAGUAAAACUACCGGAUACUAACUA